AAAGAACAUGGCGUCAAAUUCUGUAUUUCUGUUGAUGGUUAGUGGCCAAAUUGAAUCUGCAGAGUUUCCAGAGUUUGACGAUGUAUAUUGUAGAUAUUGUUUUACACAUGGACAAGAUUGGUUGAUAACAUCAGGUUUAGAAGAAGGUAUAACACAGGUAACUAAAAAAAGUCAAGAUGAGAAACAAAGAUUUGUAUGGAAUUUUCCAAUUGAUAUUACUUUUAAAAGUACAAAUCCAAGUGGAUGGCCACAGAUAGUGGUACAUGCUUAUGGACCUGAUGUGUUUGGAACUGAUGUUGUAAGAGGUUAUGGUAACUGUCAUGUUCCUAUCACACCUGGAAGACAUAAGUUAAAGAUACCAAUGUUUGUACCUGAAUCCUCAUCAGCUUUUCAAAAAUUAACCAGUUGGUUUUUAGGUAGAAGGCCAGAAUAUAUUGAUCCUCGAGUAGUCGCCCAAGGUGAAGGUCGUGAGGUGACAAGAGUGAGAUCUCAAGGAUUUCUAACACUAUCGUUUAAUGUAGUAAUGAAGGAUAUGAAGAAAUUAGGAUAUGAUAUUCUACCAUCUGAUAUAAGUCAUGCAGCUAUUGUAGAAUCUGUCGGUCCAGCCCCAACAUCAUCAGAAGCAUAGUGCUCUUCUUACUGACUCUUGUGAUAGAUAGAAACGUUGACUGUACAACCCACUCUGAUGGCUAUUGUCAUGCUUAGCAGACAUAGCUGGCAGUUGCCAUUUCCAAUUCUUAUGACUGUUUACACUGAUAGAAUAUGAGUGUACUCUCCCACCUCUGUAAAGAAAGUGUGGGUAAAUUUUAGAUCCAAUUUCUAAGAGAAAUUCAUGUUUCUAUGGACGAGAAGACAUUCUAAUAUAAAUGAUUCUAAUGAUACUUGAUUAUUGAUUUUGAAUAUCAUUGCAAUGGCAGACAAAAUUCAAUUCUGAAAUCAAUGUUGUCAAAGAUGGCUUAUCCAUAUAUUAUAUGGAAUAUUUGCAACAGUUUUUUGAUUUUUGUCAAGCAAUAUUAAGCACCAGAGUCUGGUAUUCUGUAUAUCUCAUAAUAAAAUGUUUAUUUGUUUACAUAUUGGCAGCAUAAAAAAAUUCAGUUUAGUGCCAAAAGGUGCCAAUCAUUUUAUAAUAUUUUAUUCCAAGGAAUUAUAAAAUGUUGAUUACAUGUGUUUCUAAUCUUUGAAAUCAUUUGGAUGUUGAACCUAUAAAUGUCUAUAAACAAUGGCGUAUCGGGCUAUAAACAAUGAUAUCAUGUUAGAUGUCUUCUCCAGCUUUCUAUAUUAAAAAACUCUUCAUGGGGAGGUCCCUUCCAACAUGAUAAGUACCCUCUUAAAUCUGUAAAGGGGCGCUGAGGCUCUCGGAUGGUCCCCUCGUCAAUGAUAACACCGCUUUUAGCAUAUCCCAGCAUAUGGAAAGUCUUAUUAUUUGUCAUGAUAUACUGCAAAUUUGAAAGCUAUACAGUAAUAUACAUAUUUUGUACAGCAUGAUUACUGAAUGAGGCAUUCAAAGUAUAUUUUGAGUCUGGAUUGAAUGUGAUCAUCUAUGAUAUAAUGUUAGAGCUGUAUGGAUUGUCUAGAAAUCAUAUGCUAGAAUUUCAAUAAAAUGGUCUGGAGAUUCCAUUAAAACCGUAUUCUUGUAUAUAUUUUCUUAUAUCAUUGACAUCUGAAUUAUUAUUUUUAUAAAUUGUAUGUUUGUAUUUAUCCGUCCAUUGUAAUAAAAACAUUUAAUAUCUU